UACGGGAGUCCAGGGUCCUAUAGAACUGGUCCCUGUUAUGUCAUGCCGAAACCGAAAAACAUUUGUUGGUAAAUAAUGUGAACUACCACUGUGAUUUUCUUGUUGAAACCGCAAAAAAUGGGAGAUAAAGCUGAAAAAUUGGCCGCAGCGAAAAAGACGUUCAAGGAGUUUCAAAAUCGGAAACAAAGGAAAGAUGUUAUGCCAGAGCUGACCAAUGUAAAGCAAUCUGUUAACAAUGAACUGCCAAGAAGUUUACUACCCCCUGUUUUGAGCAAGAAUGGAGUGGACAAUCCCUUAAACCAUAUUUCAGGCACGGAAAAAGAACCAAACCAAGAAACACCCCCCUUUUCAACCUCUCAUUUUUGCAACUCCUCAAUACCUGCCAAUGAUGUUUUUGAAGCCCAUCAUGCAGGCCCAAAUAGGAUUCAUCAAUGCUUUAACAGUUCGCGUCAUGGUGCCACAGUAGAAGAUCUUAGGCACACAGGACCUCAAUCACUACUACCUGCUAUGGAGUCGGUGACAGCUUUGAACAUGGCGAUGUUUUGGAAUUAGAAAAAAAAAUAGAAGAGCUAGGCUUAAUGCUACAAGCAGAACGAACAAAUAAUAUUGAAGUUAAGGCUGCGCUGUGCCAGGCAGAAUCGACAAUUAGAGAACUCCAGCGAGACGUUGAAGUGCAGCAAAGUAAACAGAACAAGGUCUCUAAAGCUGCAGAGUCAUAUGAAUUGCAACUCAAAACAUAUGCUCAAACAGUAGAAAUAUUAGUUUCCGAAAAAACCGAGUUAGAGCGCAAUUUGGAAUCUGCACGUGAUGAACUGGCUUUGCAAAAUUUGAAGCAGGAAGAGUUUCGUACGCAAACAGCUGCAGCUGCACAUCGUAUCACUGAAUUAGAAUCAGAGUUAAAGCGAGCUCAAAGCAUGAUUACAGCUCUUCAGAAUUGCAGUUUGGAGUCUCGUCUGCAAAAAGCUGAGCUUGCAGCAGAGGAAUCACGUAAUGAGUUGAUGGAAUCACGGGCACGCUUGGAGUCAAAAUCUGUAGAGUUGCGCAAAGCAGAAGAAAAGUGUCGUGAGACUGAAUCUGCUCUGUCCCUUGCAACGUUAAGAGUUCAACAACUGAGCAAUAACGAUGGAGCAGAGAAUUGCGACAAUGAACUCAAGGUUUUGCAAGAGAUGAAUGCAACACUCACUGCAAAGGUUGCAACUUUGGAACAAUCUCUUCGAGUUUUAGAAUUAGAGCGUGAUAAUGCCUCUGCUCACUACCAGUCAUACGUGAGGUCUCUCAACUCAGAGCUGAGCUCAUUAAAAAGUAGGUUUGAGGGAGUCAACAACGAAAAGGAUCGGUUGGUGGCCCGAGAGGAAUCACUUGUCCAACAUGUUGCUGAUCUUGAGAAGCAGCUACAACUGCAUCAGGUUAAGAUCGAUGAACUUAAUGCAAGGAACACACCUUCAAUUCCAGAUGCUGAAAGUGGUCUGACAUUGAAGGAGAAGAAAAUUGCUAGCUUGGAAGCGGAGAAAGAAGUAUUGAAAGGAAAACUGCAACAAUUGGCUGAGGAAAAAAAUAAACUGACAGAAAAUGUGCUAUCAUUGGAGUCUCGUUUAGAGCGAUUAGAAGGAGAUCAAAUUGACAUGACCAACCUUCAGAUAACAUUGGAGAGCGACCGAGUGGCGGCAUCACGAGCAAUUCAGCAAAACAACGACUUGAAGCUGCGACUACAAGAACUUCAGGAUGCAUUCAUCAAAUUGAGCAAUGAGAAGUUAGAACUUAUGGAAAAAUUACUGCAUGAAGAGUCUGUAAACAAAGACUAUGCUGAAAAAUUGCAGCUUGAGCAGUCCAGAAAUGAGGAUCUCCUGAAACACUCUGCAGAAAGAAUGAAUCAUUCACAUAAUCUAGAAAUCAGUGCAACAAAUCUUACUGAAGUUUCUGAGGAGCCCUCUACUAAGCUGGAAAAUACUUUAAAAAGUAACGAGGCUAUCAGCCAAACAGAUGUGGAAACUACAAGCCAUAUGGAUGUUGAAGCCAUGGCGAAACUUGAGGAAAAAUUCAGGCAUAAAAUGAAAGAGCUAGCAGAUCUAUCUGAUGAGAAACAAAGACUAGAACAUCUGGUUAUGCAGCUCCAGUCAGAAACUGAAACAAUUGGGGAGUAUGUAGCCUUAUAUCAAAUACAGAGAGGUGCCCUGCAAGAGAAAGCUAAAGAGAAGGAUCAACAAGUUGUCAAAUUGGCCCAGGAUAAGGAAAAUUUGCGAAAUAAGUUAGCAGAACUGACAGAGCUUAUUAAAAACCUCAUCUCUAAGCAAGCAUCGGCAGCUGUUAUUCCAUCCAGUUCCCUUGAGCCCACCAUCCAUGGGGAAGAGAUUGAUGCAGAGCAAAUAAUGAGACUUCUCUCGGAUAUUGGAACAACAUCACUCAACCAACCGGCUGCUAAUUUUCAUCCAUGCCCUUGGUGCUCGGGUCAGCUGAUAACUGUUUGACCCACUCUGACCAUACUCUGACCAAAGUUUUGAUUAUAUUUACAGGGUCUUGCCCGAUAAUUACUUCUCAGUGAGGCUUACCAAUUUGAUCACAUUCAUUUCUAUUGUGUUCGACCCCUUCUUGUGUAGUUUACAGCAAAAAUCAAGGUGUUUUUUCCGAAGUUUGAAGUAGGAAGAUUACAUCAAUAUUUCAGGUGACAGUACUUCAUCGCGUCAGUGCACUCAUUUCUGGUAGUUUUAUGAAUUUUGAAGAAAAGGAAACUAUAACAACUUUACAAAGAUUGGGUAUUUUUUUCUGGAAACUAGACUAGGUAAGACAGUAGCAUAGUUCUUUCACAUUAUUUUAUGCCGCUGAUCUGAAGUCAAUGAAAACAUAGAUGACAAAAUCAUUACUUCGAAGCACAUCCUAAUAAGAACUUUCCUCACUGAUCCUAAUUCCGGAAAAGUCUUGGGUUUUUACAAUUCUUAACCAAAAUAUCAUCCUGCCGGAAUCAAGGUUCAACUGAACACGUGUUCUCCAGAUUAUUGGUAAUCAAGCAAUAGAAAAGAGAAAAAUAGAAGAAAAGGAAAAUGAAUGGCCCUAAACUGCACAGCACCGAUUCUCAGCAGACUAUGAUUACAUCUGUUUCUUCAUUCAAGUGUAAAGCUUUUAGUUUCUGUUUCAUUUUUUAAGUUUUAAUUUGAUAAGUGUAAUUAUUUUAUGAUUUUUUUUGUCAUUCUUAGCAUUUGCUACAAGCAAGGCGCUUUUAUAGUCAUUUUCUGCCCUUGUUAAACUAUGUAAUGCAUUGUGAUUUUUUUAACAGCACAUGCUGUGUAAAGGAUCUAUCACCCGUCUGCAUGCAACAUGCCUUCUCUCAGCCAAUCCUAUCUUUCCUUUCUAACCGUUUUCUCUAUCUAUAACCCCCUAAAUUUUCAUUUUUGAUAAUAGUUCGUUGUAUCGUUCUAAUGAUUUUUGCCGCUACCGACAAAAGCUAGUCUUUAGAUGAGCCCACUCUAUUAAGAUUUUAUGAAUGGGACCCAGGUUUUCGUAUAUUACUUGAUAAAGUUGUGAAUUCUUCCAAUAACAGCGUAACAGCUCUUUUCGGUAAUUCCGCAGGGUAGAGCAGGGGCUGCAUGAGAUUAACCUAAAAGAAUUACAUGCCCUUAAAACAUCAAUUUCAGAAGAAAUCUUUAAUUGAGGUUUGUGCCAUUGAUUCACUGCGUUUUUAAGUUGCAACCUUUUCCUUGUGCAUGAGAAGCAUUAACUCGGCUGGUGUGCUCACGGUCUGGGACUGCAAAUCGAUGACAAUUCUUUUUCUCUUUUCACUCAUGUUUAGUGACAUUUAAACGUUCACAACACUUAAACUGGACUCAUCAAAAAACAAGAUAAAAAUUGUAAAAACCGAAUUGCACUUAAAGUGCGUAAUUUUUUUAAACAUGAAUCUGGUACUGGCCGGUACAGAGGAUGAGUUGAUACUUAAAAUGAAUGAAAAGGAUUGCAAAGGCAGACCGCAAACAACCACUUUCACUUUUCCGCACUCGCAAAGGUUUUCCUCAAUUCACACUUUUCACCUUUUUUCUCAAUUCACACUUUUCCCCUUUUUUCUCACACCCAGGUAGCAGCAGAGACCUGCACAUGUGAAAGGGGUCAAAUGCAUAAGCUUUUACCAGAGAUUUGUCAAUUGCUCAUCAGUUUGACCUUAAACUUCCUUAAACUUGUUAGCAAUCGGUACCUUGGGAUAAAAUAAUGAGGAACGAAAAAAAUAGUUCCUCAAAAACAUUGCUGAUAAUCCGGAAUCAGGAAUUGUUGUAUCAAGGACAAUCGAAACUGUGCUAUACCUCUCUUUUAAAGGAAUAGCCAUAAGAUAGUAUGGAGCAGUUCUUGGAGCCCAUUAAAAUAUGCACAGCAGUAACAAAUCAAAUUAGUAUUCGCUCAUCUCUGAAGUCAGAAUUUGCAUAUCCUCUCUUCUGAGUCUGGAGGUUUUGCAUUCCUGCCAUCAAUAUCAUUCUAUUGUUCAAUUUUUUAAUUUUGUGCAUAAAAUGUAUUGUUUCCAUUGUUUUUGUAGAAAUUAAUUUAUUCACUGCAAAUAAAAUUCUAUUUUCAUGUUA